AUGUCUUCAGAAAUGAAAAACGUCCCCCAAAUCUCAAAUUUCGAGGUCGAUCCCGAAGACACUCAUUCUGCACCAAAAGCCCACCUCCUCAAGACAGUUGAUGCCGCAAGAAUCAGCUUGACUACUCUUGCUUUUCUUGCAAGUAUCACCAUUCUCGGCGUAUCAGCAGAUGCUCUAGCAGUCUACGACGCAACCCAUGUCCCUGCCAGCUUCCUGCUUCCGCUUUGGCCAGAUGCCUUCGAUUUGCGCCCGACAGUAGCUCUGGUCGCCGGCAGCUCCAUUAUCAUUGUCGUCAACUUGGUCUCGCUGAUCUUCAGUCGAGUACAGUUUUUGUGCGGGAAAACCAUGAUCCACAACUCAGUAACUAUGGCUGCUCCGGCUAUUGGGCUAGUGGCUGCCGUGAUUGCCAUGUCCUUCUUCUACGGGAUCAACGCCUCGACCACAGUAGAUACCCUCCAGAGCUGGAGCUGCCGCUGGUCCGAUGUGGUAAUGAUGACGCGACCACAUUUCGGAACUCUAUGCAAGCAAAGCAAGGCCGGUCUUUACCUGUCCAUCUUGCUGAUCCCGGUCGAGGCUAUCAUCUUGGGAGCUGGUGCGUACCAGAUUAUUCUUGAGAAGAACCUUAGCAGAGCCAGCGGUGUUGUUCAAGGACGGCGCAAGUCCGGAAGCCCGGCACCCUCGUCGGUCAGAGACAUUGAAGGGGAGGACAACUAG